AUGACAUCUCUGAAAGGUCCUGGAGCCCCGCAGGUUUACGAUGGCUCUGGUCUUCGAAUUGCCAUAGUUCAUGCGAGAUGGAACGCAACUAUCGUUGAUGCCCUUGUUGCUGGGGCGAAGAAGAGUCUCCUCUCGGCCGGAGUAGCAGAAGAGAAUAUCACCAUCCAAAGCGUUCCAGGGAGUUACGAGCUGCCCUUUGCGGUACAACGGAUCUACGCCGCUUCCCAUGUUCAGGCUGCUGCAAGUUCUUCGACCGGGGACAUCAGUGCAACCGACCUUCUUUCGUCGUCAACCACGGAUUUAACCAAAUCCGCUACCUCGGCGUCUUCCAAAUCCAAGGCUCCUUUUGAUGCUAUCAUAGCGAUCGGUGUCUUGAUCAAGGGAGAGACAAUGCACUUCGAGUAUAUAGCUGACGCUGUCACUCAUGGUUUGAUGCGUGUCCAGCUCGACGCUGGGGUUCCUGUCAUUUUUGGAGUUCUUACUCUGUUGAACGAGACUCAGGGUUUGGAAAGGGCUGGAUUGGGAGAGGGUGGAAAGCACAACCACGGCGAGGACUGGGGACAUGCCGCAGUGGAACUGGCCGUGAAGCGGAAGGGUUGGUCAGAAGGAAAAAUCCUGUGA